AUGCUCACCGUGUUUACCACUCCGGUUUCCGUGGAUGCUGCUCAACAAGAAGCAGUAGCGGUUUUGAAGAAACUUAAGAUUAUUGAGGAAGAAGUACUGGUUGAUGAUUUGUGUACUAGACAGAGAAAAUCCAAAGCACAGGAUUUUGCCAGCAAGGCAGGCAUAGCUUUCAGCAAGUUAUCGGAGGAAGAUACCAACAUUAAUUUUUAUCCUGAGCGUUUUGUUACCCGGCUUGAUUUGGUAAACUGGAAAGCUCAGUUGGAGUGUGAUUUCCAUCCAGAAACUAUGGAAGAGCCUCACUUGAAUACAGUCCUGAUGGCUGAUAUCAAGGACAAAGGUAGAUUAUAUAGACACGAUGAGCAUCAAUCCAGAUAUAGCCCUUGGAUUCUUCUUGGACUUUCUGACAGGAAACGUUUUUGGUAUUCUUCUACUUCUAGUUACAGCGAAAGUAGCGGUUUUGGGAUGUUGUUGCCAGAAUACCUGAAUGUUGUUGCCAUUAUUCAAAAGUUUGAUUCUACAUGUAGAAUCAAGCGGUUUCAGCCGUAUAGAGCUAUUACAAAAGCACAAGCAGCUGUAGCGUUAACAAGCAGUAAAAUGGCGCAAGCAGUUUCAGCAGAGUCACUCUUGCAAAAAGCUAAAAUGGAAGAAAUCAGAUCAAAGUUGGUUGAGAAAGAAGAGAUAAAGUAAUUUUGGGAUGAGAAGCUUUAAGUAGAGAGAGAUCAAGGAGUUGAGUUGAAAGAAUUGUAUCUCUCCAGAGUUAAUGAACUAGAAGAAGAAGAAGAAAAACUGCUCAGCUGAAGUGGUUUGCAGAGAGUUUAAAAGAGAAAGCAGCCAUAGAUUGUCAGAAACAGUUGCUUAGUAGCUUCAG